AUGGGAGGGCGCGGGCGCCCGCGCCGGGGAAAUGGAGCAAACUCGGGUGAUCGAGUGAGGGACAAUGGCCCAGGGCUCCGACGUAGCUAUCGCGGCUUCUGUCCUUUGGAUUACAAGCAUGGCGAGCUGGUUGGUGGUGGGGGCUCGGUGGAGCGCAGGCCAUGGGAUUUGAUGGAGCCCUCUUUCUUCUACGAGCAGUUUGUGAAGCAAAGGAAGCCCGUUGUGAUCAGCACCGGCCGGACGGCACCUGGAGUCCUUGAGGCCCUCUUUGGACUUCGGGGUGAGGCAGCGAAUUGGGCGUGCCCUGGCAGCGAGGGCACAGCGGCGAUGCGCUCAGGCCCUGCUGGUAAGUGCCAGGUGGAGGUGGAACGUCGCGCCGGGACCACCCAGUUUUUUGGCCAACAGGAUGCCGGAGCCCGGGAAGUUACCACUCUUUCGCAGUUCUGCGAUGAGAUCGACCAGGGAAACGAGCUGGCAUACUUGACAACACAAGCCCUCCCAGAAGAUGAAAGGGGCUGUCCCAAAGCAUUGGCACCGCCACACGUCCUGAACUUAUUGCAGGAAGCAGAGAAUCUUCGACCAACGCUUGUGAGCUGUCUGGCUCCGGUCCAAUACAACCUGUGGUUCGGGCGGUCGCAGGAGGGCUCCUCAUCUGGCCUGCACCAUGACUUCCAUGACAACAUCUAUGUGCUGCUGAGGGGUUGCAAGGAGUUUCGACUGUUCAGCCCACGCUGCUUGGAUAUUCUGAGCCCAGUUGGAGUGAUGCAGGGAGACGCAAAGCUGCACCCGAAUGGCCUCAUAAGCUACGUGCCGGGUAUUCGGUCGGACGGUGCACCAGCGUCCGUUGCUCGAGCUUGGGGUGCUGGGCGGAGUGAGAGGAAUGGAGUCCUGAACAGUGAUGACGAAGAGGCGGAGCUGGAUCAAUUGCUGACAGAGGCGAUGGAAACGGAUGUUGAUGGCAAAGGUCGCGCAACCGACAAGAGUUCAUUGCCCGACAGCUUCUGCCAUGCGAGCACUUGCGAAGGCGCCCAGAGGCCUGUUCCAAGCAGCCUCCAGGGUCGUCACCUGACUGCCACACUGAAGGUGGGUGACUUGCUUUACCUGCCUGCCAGUUGGUUUCAUGAGGUCAUUUCUUACGGCGGCGACGCUGGGGGCCAUUUGGCACUGAACCUUUGGAUGGCCCCACCCAGGGUGAACUCCCCUCUGGAGAGACCUUAUGAAGACGGUUUUUGGGAAGACCUGUACUGCAGUCUUGAGCGGGCGCGGGGAGCGAAGUCAGACAAAGACACUGGAGCUGAGCCUCCUACACCGCGGCCGAACAAACCGGCGGGAAAGCGCGCGGGUGGCGGAACACCUUGGGAGGCUCGCAACAAGGACACGGAAGGUGUUCGGAAAAUGGUGCGGGACUCCAAGCAGGAGGCUGCGAAGUUGCGGAACAGCUUCGCCGCGGCCGUUUCAGCCGUUACCGGCACACCAGCUGGAACAGAUCCGCUGGCGACUAUGGGAAAGAACAUGUUUGACGACAAGGUGAUGGCGGAGAAGCUCCCGGCUGCGGUCGUCAAGCGGUUCCAGGAGUGCCUCAUCAGCGGUGCACCCACGACUGAAGAGGAUCAGAAAAUCAUCGCGGACACAAUGUACGAGUGGGCGCGAGAACGUGGUGCUGUGGACUUUGCCCACUGGUUCUUCCCUUUGCGCGGACAGGGCGGAGCAGUGGGCGGCAUGCUGGGCGCGUACAAGCAGGACACUCUCCUGGACCUCGAGUUCUCUUCCAAGUUUGUGACGAAGCCCAUGAAGGCCUGUUUGCCAGCGGAGCGACUUUUUCAAGGAGAAACUGAUGGCUCUUCAUUCCCAAAUGGAGGUCUUCGUGUGACGCAUUCCGCUGCAGCGUUCACCACGUGGGACAGGUCCUCUCCGCCGUUUGUUCUCAACAAGACCCUCUACAUUCCCUGUGCUUUCAUCACGCACUUCGGGAAGUGCAUCGACGAGAAGACCCCUCUUUUGCGGUCCAUGGACGCCGUGAAGGCUCAAGGUCUUCGAAUGCUGAAAGCCGUUGGACUCGGAAAGGAUGCUCAGACGAUGCAUAGCUACCUGGGUUGGGAGCAGGAGUUCUUCGUGCUGGAUGCAGCACUCUACAAGGCCCGCCCUGAUCUGGUGAACACUGGCCGGACCUUGUUUGGCAAGUUGCCCACGCGCCACCAACAGGGCGACCUGAAUUAUUUCCAAGCCAUUCCCACGAGCGUACAGACCUUGCUCGACAACGUUCAGGCAGCAAUGUUACUAAUUGGAUGUCCCAUGGCCGUGAAGCACAACGAAGUCGCGCCGGGUCAGCACGAAAUGUCUCCGGUUUUCCGGGUGGCCAACGUGUCCUGCGACAGCAAUGUCUUUUUCAUGGAGACCAUGAACCGAGAAGCGGCCAAGCUUGGCUUGCAGGUGCUGUUCCAUGAAAAGCCAUUUGCGGGUAUCAAUGGCAGUGGCAAGCAUGCCAACUGGUCAGUGGGAACUGAUACUGGCCUUAACUUUUUCUAUCCCGGAAAGACGGAGGAAGGAAAGAAGCUGUUUGUUACUGGCAUCGCCUGCUUGGCAUAUGGCCUGUCGCAGUACAACGAGCUUGUGCGCUGCAGCGUAGCAACGGCAGGCAACGACCACCGACUGGGGGCCCAGGAAGCACCUCCAGCCAUUAUCUCGCUCUAUCCCGGCCAGGGCUUCGAACAGUUCGUCGAUGCCAUCAUCGGAGGCGCAGACUUGUUGGGCUACAAAGCUGAAAAGAAGCAUCAGCAGACCGGAUGCUCGCAAGCAAUGCACAUCGAGGCCAAUGUGGAGGACAGGAAUCGAACAGCACCUUUCCCAUUCUGUGGCAACCGCUUCGAGUUUAGGGCAGUUGGCUCCUCGCAGAACUGCUGUUUGCCCGUCAUGGUUUGCAACGCCAUCAUGGCGGCCGGAAUGGCCAGCCUGGCCGGUCUCAUCGAAGGUGGCAUGAGCCACAGGGACGCGGUGGCAAAGAUGUUCAAGGAGAACAAGCACGUGAUCUUCACGGGCAACGGCUACUCGGCGGAGUGGAGGGAGGAGGCCGCCAAGCGAGGCCUGCCGAAUUUGAACACCACGCCGAAGGCCGUCGUGACUUGGAGCUCUGCGAAGAACAAGAAGCUGUUUGACGACUUGAAGAUCUACACCAAGGAAGAGACCGAGGCUAGACAAGAGGUCAUGCUGGAGAACUACAUCACGUGUCUCACGAUCGAGGCGCAGACCAUGAUCAACAUGGUGGAGACCGGCUUCAUACCCGCGUGCGCCAAAGACCUGAAGAAGUGCGACAACAUGAGCAGCAAAAUCGCCGAGCCAAGAAAGGUUGCUUAUGAAGCAAUUGUGGAUGAGCUCGAAAAGCUCAAGGCGUCUCUGGACGCCAUGCCCCACGGAGACCUCGAGAAGGAAGCGACUUACCUUUGCGACAACGUGAAGGUGAAGAUGGCGGCGCUCCGAGAGGCCGGUUUGGGGAGUUUCCGAAACUUAGGGCUACCUUUAAAGGGAUCUAUAAAUAAAGGUUUUAUAAAGGGUUUAGGGUUUCCGAAAAUUAGGGGUCCCUUACUUGGGGUCGUUAUAAGGAUCCUGCUACCUAGGGCACUAUAUUAG